AGGGAGAGCAGAGCGAACCAGCCAGCUGAGGGUGUGGGGGGGAGGAAAUCAGUUUGGGUCUACAAAGAGCUGGGCGACUGUAACAUUGGUUCCUAUUCUGAUUCUGAUUGAUUUCGAUUUGACACAUCUCAUGUGAUUAGAGGGACAGUACAUUCGACUGGGCUACUUAUACUCCUAAUCAUAUCUAUUUGACCAUGGCGGCUGGCGGCGGAGCGGGUAACAAAACCUACUCGUUCAAGGUGGUUUUGUUGGGAGAGGGUUGUGUCGGCAAGACCUCGCUCGUGUUGCGCUAUUGUGAAAAUAAAUUCAACGACAAACACAUCACCACACUUCAGGCGUCCUUCCUCACCAAGAAGCUCAACAUCACAGGGAAGAGGGUGAACCUGGCCAUCUGGGAUACAGCAGGUCAGGAGCGCUUCCACGCCUUAGGUCCCAUCUACUACAGAGACUCCAACGGAGCCAUAUUGGUCUAUGACAUCACAGAUGAGGACUCUUUCCAGAAGGUGAAAAACUGGGUCAAAGAAUUGAGGAAAAUGUUGGGGAAUGAGAUUUGUUUAUGUAUAGUAGGUAAUAAAGUAGAUCUGGAGAAGGAGAGACAUGUAUCAGUUGAAGAGGCAGAAGGGUAUGCAGAGUCGGUGGGGGCAAAACACUAUCACACAUCAGCCAAACUAAACAAGGGGAUAGAGGAACUCUUCCUUGACUUGUGUAAAAGAAUGAUGGAGACGGCCCAAGCAGAGGAGAGGGCGAAGGGUAACGGAGCCAGCCAGUCAACGACAUCACGAAGGGGGGUACAGAUCGUGGACGAUGACCCUCAAGCCGCCACGGCCGCGGGGGGCUGCUGCUCAUCCGCUUAACCCCCCACGUCCCAACUUACCCCAUCCUCCCUCUUUCCCCCCCUUAAGCAACCAGGACUGUUGCCUCCCCCUCAUCUCCCUCCUUAUGACAUGAAGACUGCUGUUCUCCCUCUGAGUCGUCAUCCACUUUACUCACUACACUUCUCCCUCUAUGGAACAAUGUGCUUAUAUACCAUUCUUUAUACUGUAAUAUUCAUUCAUUGCCCCC